AUAAUCGUUAUUCUAUGUAUUAAAUUAUUAAUAAAUUGAGUAAUUAUGAGAAUGUUCUACAACAAACAUUAUCGAAGCUUCCAUUAUCCGAAUGCUUUGCUAUUUCAUUAUCUACGCUUUAGACGGGCAAGUGUAAAUGGCAAGUCCUUAUAGAAUCUUUAACGAACAGAUUUAUAUAUUCACAAAUAUUAGAUUUAAUGCAAAAAUGGAAUAAUUCAGAAAAAAACGUAUGAUUAAUUAAUCGAUUAUCGUCUGUAAGAAUUAAAUAAGCUGAAGAAAAGAAUGAAGAAACUUUUCCCUAUUUAACCUGUUCCCAUACUAAUGGCGUCAAAACGGAAGCGUGUAGUGUUAAGUAUAAUAACAAAACACGAAAUUAUUCGAAAGUUGGAGAGUGGUGAAAGUGCAGCGAAAUUAGCGAAAAUAUAUGGUAUCGGGAAAGCUACUAUUACCGGUAUUAAAAAUCAGAAAGAUGCCAUUGAAAAUUAUUUGAUGCAAGCAGAUACCUUGGACAUUGCUGUCAACAGAAAAAGUAUGAUGGUGCCAAAGUAUAAAAAUGUAGAUGAUGCUGUGUUUCAAUGGUUUCUAGAAAAUAGAGAUAAAGGAGUACCUAUAUCUGGGCCUAUUCUAUGCGAGAAGGCAUUGGAGUUUAAUGAGAAAUUAAAAGGCAAUCCAAAUUUUAAAGCAAGCAGUGGUUGGUUAGAAAAAUUUAAGUCACGUCAUGGUAUUCGAGAACUAAAUAUGUCUGGUGAAAAGUUAUCUACCGAUAAUGUUACUGAAGAAAAUUUAACAGUGGAUCUUCACAAAUUCUUAAUCGAAAAAGGGUAUGCGUUACAGAAUAUGGAUAAUGAAGAUAAAAGAGAUAUAACAUGUACAACAUUACAACAGAAGAAUGUGACUUCCCAGCAGGAAAAAUUAGAUACCAACAGUAAAGUUAGUAAAGAUCAUAUUAACGCAAUCUCAUGUGUUAAUUCAACCACAUGUCAUCAAGUUCCACUUUUGCUAUUUGGAAAAAGGAAAAAAUUAAAGUCACACAUUGUAUAUAGUUGAAAGGACUGCAUGGAAAAUGUGUAAGUCCAUCACAAGCACAGAUCUUUUUCGCAUUUUGAAACAAGCCAGAUGAACGAGCAAUAACACCACAAGCCAAUCUACAAAAAUAUUAAAUAAAUCUUUAAUAUUGGAAGCUUUAUAAUGACUAUUAUAUUAAUACCAUAAAAAUAAUGCAAGAUCUACCUAUUUC